CGAUAUGGAAAACAAAGAAAAUAUUGAUAUUUUUGAAGAAUUUCCAAUAAAAGAUGAAGCGAACCUACAAUUAAUAGACACAAAAUUAAAAAAUGAUACGAGAUAUAGAAACGAAAUGAUAAAGCAGUUGUCACGUCUAACACGUGACGAUUUAAAAGCAACUUGUAUAGGACUCAUGAGAGCAAUAAUAUCAAAUGAACUUGCUGUAAACUACAGCUGGUUUGGAGCAAAAAAGAAACAAAUUUUCUCACAACUAGAGAUAUGCAAAGUCAUUUUGAGUGUAAUUCGAAAGUCACAUAUAGAUGCAACAGACGAGAAAAUCUCUGCUCCAAUUAAAGUAUGGCUAGCUCAUGCAAAAGAACGGCUCGGAAGACGAGCUGAAAACGUAGUUGAAAAUAUAGCUCAAAACGUAGUUGAAAACGUAGCUGAAAACAUAGCUGAAAACUGAAUAUCAACCUGACAAGCAGAUGUAUGUACGUGUAACAUUUACGGUACUUCAGCAUGAAUACGUGACUCUAAAUCGAAAAAAGGCCUAAAGUAAAUCAUCCUAUACAUCCAGGAAGAGUAAUUAGGAUGGCUAUGCGACGUAAUAUCUACAAGUAUAUUUUUUCGGAAAAAUUAGAUUUAAUUGAAAAAUUUAAAUGAGUACAAUGUGUCAGAGGCGCAAAUCAAAUCAUCAGUUAUGUAUUCCGCGAAGAUGUCACACAUUCUCGAUAUAAUCACGUAAUGUUAGAAUGUACUCAUAACGUUUGUAACCGAUGGAUUACAUAUUAACGGUCGCUUUUAAAUCGUCACAUCUUAGACAAUUCCUUUAUCUGUAAUUAUUUCAAAUUAACAUUUUAUUUUUCAAAUAUGCGUAUGGCGAAUUAUAUCAACUGUUCUGACCGUAAAUUCCAAGACCGUACAUAUUAUAUUUGGUACGUCAUCCGAUACUAAGGCUGGGAGCACAUGAAAUGCAUAAGCAUAAGACCGCUAGACCAAUGAUUAUCUAGCAUAAAAUCGCCAUACUGAUUUACAUAUAAGAUUCUCAUCGAUCUAGCUACCUUAUGCUGUGCUUAUGCUUUGUUAUACAUUUCAUGUGCUCCCGGCCUAACUCGCGAUCUACUCGUAUGAUGCACUGGAAAAAAAUUAAAAGAAUAACAUUUGUCAAAUUCAUACCUAAGUUGUCCGUUUGUACAUUACUGUACAAUUUUGAAUGUAUUUAAUUGAUAAUUACAAAGUCAUAAUUAAUAGUGUAUCUUUAUAUAUACUCACUGGCAAAAAACCGGGCACCUAUAUUAAAAUCUAGCUGGUGCCUGGUUGUUUUGCCGAUGAGUAUGUAUAUAUAUACAUAUAUAUACAUAAUUUUUUUCGUGUAUGCAGUAUACCUCCAUAAAUUUCAUGGCUUUAUAAUGAAUAGUUUAUUUUUAUAAGAUUUACAUUUAUAUAUUAUAUAUAUGUUAUUGAUAUCUUUAUGAAAUUCCUUUUUGUUUAAAUAUUCUUGCUGUGAUGUUAAUUUGUAUCUUAGAUUGUAAGCGUGACAUUAGCUUACACGUUAGAGGAAAUGUUAAAAUAUAUUCGUAUAUAUUCUGUUUUGGAAAAAUGUAAAUGCGUUUCAAGACGCGAAAAAUGUACGCAAAUUAUUUGCUAUUUUUUGUUUAUUUAAAUUUACGGUUAAAUUUGCAUAUAUAAAAUUUUUAUAUAUAUUGUGCGUGUAAACGAGUGAUUAAGAAUUUGAAUAAUAUAAAUAAAUAUUUCUUUAAGGCAAUAAAAAGUAUAAAUUAUUAAAACCUAGCCUAACCUAACC